UCUUACCAGAUAAAAAAUACUUGUAGGAGUUUGAUAUAUGUAUGAGAGAGUGAAACCAAUGGAGGCUGCCAGACCCAGAGGCGGUGGUGAUACCGGCGGUGGCGGUGUGGCUAGCAAGAAGAGCUUCAUAAUCCAAGUACUGACAGGGCCGUGGUUCAUGGCGUUCGCAUCAUUUAUAAUCAUGUCCAGCAUCGGCACACCAUAUGCGUUUGGCCUAUACUCCAACGUCCUCAAGUCGGAGUUCGGCUAUGACCAGAGUACCUUGAACUUUAUCAGCUUCUUUAAGGACAUCGGUACUAACGUCGGCGUCCUCUCCGGCCUCAUCGCUGAGGUCACACCCACAUGGUUUUUGUUAUCAUUGGGAGGAGUGAUCAACUUUUUUGGCUACUUCAUGAUAUGGUUAGCCGUGACCGAAAGAAUGGCAAAGCCGCACCUGUGGAUGAUGUGUGUCUACAUCUGUCUUGGGGCAAAUUCAACGGCUUUUGCCAAUACUGGAGCACUCGUCGCCUGUGUGAAGAAUUUCCCAGAAAGCCGUGGGGUGGUCUUAGGACUUCUAAAGGGAUAUGUUGGCCUUAGCGGCGCUAUACUCACGCAACUAUACCAUGCUAUCUACGGAAAUGACUCAAAGUCUUUGAUUUUGCUCAUAAGCUGGCUUCCGGCUGCAAUAUCUUUCGCUUUUCUCCGGACUAUAAGAACCAUGAAGGUCAAUCGGCAGCAGAACGAGCUCCAAGUGUUCUAUAAUUUCCUAUAUAUGUCACUUGGCCUCGCCGGGUUUCUUAUGAUCAUGAUUAUAGUCCAGCAAAAGGUUAAAUUCACGAAGAGCGAGUAUGGGGGUAGUGCAGCAACCGUGCUUUUCUUGCUCUUUCUCCCGCUUCUUGUUGUAAUCAUGGAAGAGCACAAUCUUUGGAAAAGGAACAAUAAUUCUUCCCAGCUGAAAAUAAUCACUGACCAGCAGAACACGAAAGUGUUAGAAAAGAAAGAUGAAAACAGAAAUCGAAAUACUCCUAAGGAAGCUACACCAUCUCUUCCACCGUCAACUUCUGCCAAAACUACUUUGGUCCCUGAGCUGCCAAACAGACAAAACCAAGUAUCAUGCUGGAGAAGCGUAUUCAGGCCGCCAGAGAGAGGCGAGGACUAUACCAUACUCCAAGCCCUCUUCAGCAUCGACAUGUUAAUACUAUUCUUUGCAUCAAUUUGCGGCGCCGGAGGCACCUUAACGGCAAUAGACAAUUUGGGGCAGAUGGGAGCUUCGCUCGGAUACCCAACUCGAAGCAUAAGCACUUUUGUGUCUCUUGUAAGCAUCUGGAAUUAUUUUGGACGAGUAAUGUCGGGUUUGGUCUCUGAAAUACUUUUGAAAAAAUACAAGUUUCCUCGCCCUCUCAUGCUCACUCUAGUCCUCCUUUUAGCAUGUGCUGGUCACCUUCUAAUCGCGUUUAACCCUCCCGGCGGUCUCUAUGUGGCAUCCAUAAUCAUCGGGUUUACUUAUGGUGCACAAUGGCCGUUGAUUUUUGCAAUAAUCUCUGAAAUUUUUGGCCUAAAGUACUACUCUACUUUGUACAAUUUUGGUACAGUGGCUAGCCCGAUUGGAUUGUAUAUCCUGAACGUUACAGUCACUGGACAUUUAUACGAUAAGGAGGCUAAGAAGCAACUGGCUGCAUUGGGACUCGAAAGGAAGGCUGGGGAAGCUUUGAAUUGUGAUGGGGUUGACUGCUUCAAAUUGUCUUUUUUGAUAAUGACUGCAGUGACUUUGUUUGGCUCGCUGGUUUCAUUCGUGUUGGUGCUUAGGACUAGGAAGUUUUAUAAGAGUGACAUUUACAAGAAGUUCCGGGUGGCGGCUGUGGCAGCCGAGAAAGAGAUGGCGGUGGCAGGAAACGGUAUUGGAUCCUUGGAGGCAAAUGGUGGCGACAGCCGUUGACUUUAACAAGGAAAGAUAGAUAGAUGUUAGAAGAAAGAGACAGAUGGAUAUUCAUCCAAAAAAAAAAAUAGAAAGAGACCGAUGGAAAGGAUAAUUUCAAGAAGAAAAAAGGGCCACACAGUCCCAUUUAUUGUAAUGCGAAAUGUUGUAACAUUGUGGGAUUUUCAUUGUUUUUUUGUAGAGAUCUUCCUUGAGGUCUUCGAAAAUGUUAAAAAUGGAAAUCCUGCCUUAAAAUGAU